GUCUUUCGUCUAUGAAUUUUCGAUUCACUCAAGUUUCAGUUCAACUCCAAUUCACUUGUUAGCUUCCUCCUCCUCCGAAAUGACAACAGUGUCAUCACUAGCAUCAACAUGCUUGAGCCCUCGGAGCAAACCACGGUGUCUGUCUGUUUCGCCCAAACCUUGUUUUCCCCGAAACCUUCUCCAUCUGAUGAAGCAGAAGAAGAAGAAGCUAAUCUCUUGGUCCAUCUCAGCUCAUGCCUCCCCUUUCGACCUUUCCCCUCCUCCCAUCGACCAUGACUUUCUGGAUGCUGUCAAAACCGCAGGCGCAGAGGUUUCUGGUGACGGAAUCGUUGAAACAUUUCACACUGAUGAAGAAGCGCUGGAUGCUGCCGACAAUGGGGUUGCUGUUGUGGAUCUUUCACACUUUGGCCGGAUAAGAGUCAGUGGAGAAGAUCGCAUUCAGUUCCUUCACAACCAGAGCACUGCAAACUUUGAAUGUCUACAGCCAGGGCAAGGAUGUGACACUGUUUUUGUAACGCCAACAGCUCGAACAAUAGAUAUUGCACAUGCAUGGGUCAUGAAAAAUGCAAUAACACUAGUGGUUUCACCAGAGACAUGUGGGACCAUUACUGAAAUGCUGAACAAGUACAUAUUUUUUGGUGACAAGGUAGAGAUUCAAGACAUCACUAAGCUAACCAGCUUAUUUGUUUUGGUGGGACCCAAAAGUGGCCAAGUGAUGGAAAACUUAAACCUUGGUGAUCUUAUUGGAAAACCAUAUGGCGCGCAUCAACAUUUUAAUGUUGAUAAGCAGCCUGUAACUAUAGGGGUUGGAAACCUUCUUUCUGAAGAUGGUUUUUCAUUGUUGAUGUCUCCAGCGGCUGCUCCCUCUGUGUGGGAAGCUAUUCUUGCUCAAGGGGCUGUCCCAAUGGGUUCUAAUGGAUGGAACAAAUUACGGGUUAUACGGGGAAGACCUGCUCCUGGAAUGGAGCUUACAAAGGAAUUCAAUGUACUGGAGGCCCAUCUAUGGAAUUCAAUUUCUCUAAAUAAGGGUUGUUACAAAGGACAGGAGACUAUAGCUAGGCUCAUAACAUAUGAUGGAGUCAAACAGAGGUUAUGGGGAUUUCAUCUUUCUGCAGCUGCAGAACCAGGCAGUAUUAUUACGGUUGAUGGGAAAAAGAUUGGAAAGUUGACUAGUUAUACAUCUGGAAGGAAGCAAUCUGAGCACUUUGGAUUAGGCUACAUCAAGAGGCAAGCUGCUUUGGAAGGAGACACAGUAAUUGUUGGAGACAACAUCAGUGGAACAGUGGUGGAAGUACCUUUUCUUUAUCAGCAGCGCCCACCAUCUGGAAGUUCAACUUCUUGAUUCUUUUGGUAUGGAGACAUCAUCAUUGUGCUUCAGUACAGUGCUCUAGGAGUGGGCCUCUGCCGGCUUCCCCAGCAUGCCACUGGCGCCCUGCCCGGUAGUCUGGAGGUGCUUUCUCCUCGAUCUACCAUUUUUGUAACAAAAAAAAGUAUUGAAUUGAGGUUGUUAGGUAGAAGUGAAGAAAUGCGUGCACAAUACUUGCCCCUUUGGUGUCUUCUAGUUAAAUAUUAUCUAAUCACCAAAAGCAAAAUCUUCUUUGAUAAUAAUUCAUCAGUAGGUGAAGAAAAACCCAUUCUCCAAAGCUAUGGAACUUAUGUUUAGACUUUAGAGCAUGGAAUCAAUGUAAUUCCUUUCAUAUUUGAAUUGGUUGAAGUGUGUGCAACAUCAAAACCAACCAAUAAUUUAGAUUAUUAGGUUCUUUCUUUUUUC